GUCAUUUGUCUCAUUCUCAGUAUUUACUUCAUAAGAUUUAGAAGAGCCUUUUAAAUUGUUUUUCGGGAUUUAUGAUAGCAUCUGCUUAUUUCUAAUUGUUAUAGUUUUAUUUCUUUGACAUUUUAGCUGUAAAGUUGUAAUUAGUCUGUACACUUCUCUUUCCUUCAGCAAUACUUGGCUGUUUUCCUUUAGUUUAAUUUGAUCCUUAUUAAAUAUCUAAUGGCUUUUGUUAUACACUAUCUGAUUUAAUUUUACUUUUAAUGUUUCUUGGAACUUAAAUCUGGUUUGUAUCUUAUAUACUUAAUUUUUUCAGAUUUUUCAUGCAUCAUAUUACUUGUUCUAAUAUAUUCUUUACAGUGUUUCAUUAGCUUUUACUUCUGUUUCUUUUCUCUAUUCUGACAAAAGCACAAAAAUAUUUUAUUUUUUGAAAUAAAUUUGCAUAUCACAAUCUAAAUAUUCAGUUCACUUAAAACAACCUCAUGAAUAAUACAGUUUAAAAUAAAAUAUUUUACUUCUCAUAACAAUUGUUUUUACAGCUUACAAGCUUAGGUAUUAACAUGCAUCAGUCUAUUUUGCUUCAAGGAGUAGUUGUGACUUUUUAGUGAGGUUUGGCUGGUGUUUCUGCUGGUGGAUUUACAGGUCUUCAGUCCUGCCUUUCUUUGCAGCUGAACCUGCUGGUGAAGGUGGUGCAGCUUCCCAACCCACGUCCAGGACUGAGGCUGUGGGAGAUGCCGAGGGUGUGUCUGCAGGGAGGACUUCUCCAGCUCCUUUGCUGAUUCCUACACAGAAGCCUGGCAACCAUCACAGAGGUCCUCCGCGGGCAAAGAACAAAGCUACAGGACACCAGAAACCCCAUGAGCCAUCCGAAAACAUGAGGCAAAUGCUGAAGGAAAUGCAGCAGGCAGGAGAAGGUGUGUCUGCAGGGAGGACUUCUCCAGCUCCUUUGCUGAUUCCUACAAAGAAGACUGGCUCCCAUGGCAGGGGUCCUCUGAGAAGGAAGAACAAAGGCAAAGGACAGAAGAAACCCCACGAGCCAAACAACAUCCUGAAACAAAUCGUGACAGAACUGCACAAAGGGCAUGGGAUGGACAGAGAGGCUCUGUGGAAGGUGGCAUUUCCUGAAGGAAGGGAAGAGAUGCCAGGCAGAGUCCCAGGAGAUUGGGAUCGUGACAUGGAUUCCAUGCUUGUCUUUCUGGAUGAGAGUGUGAAGACCUCGGCAGAUGGUGGAGCUAACCCGGUUGGUGAAAGUGAUCUGGCUUCCCAACCCACAUUCAGGAUUGAGCCUCUGGGAGAUGCUGAGGGUGUGUCUGCAGGGAGGACUUUCCCCGGUCCAUUGGUGGAUGUUGCAUGCAGGACCAGCUCCCUUCGCAGGGGUCCCCUGAGAAUGGAGAACAAACCUAGAGGAGACACUAAGUCCCUGGAGGCAUCCAAACACAUGGAGAAGAUGCCGAGUGAUCUGGAGAGACGCCAUGAUGCAGCCAGCACCACAAAACAUGCUGACAACAUCGGGAAGAGCACAAGAGUUUUCUGCUGGGUAACACCAUGUUUGAAGAAGUUGAUGGCCAUUGUGGCUGGUGCAGCACUUUGCCUGAUGAUGUGCUAUGCCGCAAUCUGGUAUUGCUGGAAGAGAAACUGGAGCACCUCUGGACAGGAGUUUAAAGACGGUGGCUGCACCUUACUCCCAGACAGUUUGAGCUGCUCCUCUGGCCGUCAUAAGGGCCUGGACAGCCCUUUCACCUGUUCUGUGUAGGGAACCGAAGAUCAGCCAUCUACAAGGAAACCUCCUACUACCCUGUAGAUCCCACUGCCACCUGCUCUCCCCAUAGGUCUCCCCAACAUGACUUCAUCCCUUUUUUGAUCUCCCUGCAUCCCAUCCCCGCCAAUUCUCAAGUUCUUCUGGAGACCCCAGGCCCAGCUGAGCACCCUCCAGCCCCUCCUGAGACCAACACAUCCCUUCCUCUGCCCCUCUGUCCCUGGCCUUGCCCUCUAAACAACACUGGAGUUAAGCCCUGCUGCCCUGCCAGGGUAGGCGAUGGCCCAGCUCUUCUCUUGCACUACAGAGAUGGAGCUGUCACCCCAGUGUCUGGGAGGUAGCAGCAGCAAAGCCCACCCGGCACCAGCACGGGCUGAGCUCCGUGCCCAGAGGCAGCU